CAACUUUGUGCUGAACUGUCUCGAACGUGAACGGAGCUGUGUCCAUUCACUGUAUUGAGAAGACUGUAAAGAUUAGACGAAACAUGGCGAAUGAGUCUACGGCUGGCGAUUCUGGUAAGGAAUCCUCCAUUGAGCCCAGCAAUGAUGAUUAUGGUGACUACCCACCGGGCACUAUUGUGCUUGCGAAGUUGAAGUCGUUCCCUCCAUGGCCAGCGAUUGUGAUUCCAGAUGAUCUCGUCCCUGAGGGCGUUGCAUCCUCUAAGCCUAAGAAGCCGGCUUCUUCCUCUGGAGCACGCUCCUCCAGAGCUUCACGCUCCAGGCGCAAAUCAACGGCGGCGCAGUCGCAGACGUCACAGCAGGAUUCAAGACUGUGGUGUGUAAGGUUUCUCAAAGAUGAUACGUUUAUGUGGGCCACUGCCAAUGACAUUUCGCUGUUGACAAAAGAACAGAUUGAGAAGUUUUUGUCGAAGAACCCCAAGAAGGGUAUCCGUAGUGCGUAUGAAAUGGCACUUGAUCCACCGGAAGUUGAAGAAUUCAUCAUUUAUGGAAGCGAUGGUAAACCAAUUGAUAUUGAUAACGAAGCCGAUGAUGCCGAUUUCGAGGAUGGAGAAUCAACUCCUGACGAUGACGACGAAGAUGCAAUUGAGGAGGAAGGGCUGGAAGAAGAUGACGAUGAUGUUGAAUUACUCACAGAUGAAGAAGUUGAGACAAAACGUACAAGUAAAAGGACACGGAAAACUACAAAGUCCACACCAAGAAAGAAAGCAAAACCUGCACCGGUUAAGAAAAAGGCAACGAAGAGGGGAGGUUCCAAAGCUAAAGUCGUUGAAGAGCCUGAGACCUCAUCAGAUGAAGAUUGGGAUGCACCUGAUGAUGAUAGUGAACCAGUUGCCGUUGAUAUCCUAACAUCUGAAGAGAUCUCAAAGAUCAUCAAGAAAACUACGCCACUAUUUUUAAAAGCCAGAUUAGCAUUACAAUCCACCUUUUUAUCUGGGAAAGAGAUAACUGAUAAUUUGAAACAAAUCAAUACUACUCUGGACUCACUGGAGAAGUCAGAGUACCCACAUGUUGGUAUUAUCAAGGCCACGGGGUUGCAUAAAGUCAUCUUUGACAUUUUAAAAAGGCCAGAUCUUACAACAAGAGAAUUGUCCAAGGUUAGAUCGAGACUAGAGAAAUUGGCAAAGGAGUGGUUUGAUGUCACCAUAGAUGUUGAAGAGUCAUGGAACUUUGAAGAACAAAAUGAGGAGUCAAAGGACGAAGAGUCAGAGGUGAAGAAGGAGGAAACUGGUGCCUCUGAUAUCAAAGAAGAAACAGAGUCUACCAACAACCAUCCUACUAAUGGGUCAACUACUAAAGCAGAAGAGUAGUUUUGAAUCAUCUUGGGGGGAGGGGGCAUUCACCUGUUUGAUACAAAACGAAGAUACAUGUGUACUAGAUAACUCUUUAUAGCAAUUACCGAA